ACCUUUGAAUCUUUUAUAUCUUUUGUUCUUCUCCCGUGGGAUCGGUUAUUCUUCGGGCACCGGGGAUGCCGGCUUCGAUGUGCAAAGCUGACGCGUUUGGAUUUCGUGUUCUAGAUCUAUUUCGGGUGGAAAAAGUUCGUUUUUUUUAGUGGGUUUUGAAGCGAGCUUGAUCGUUUGAUUGCUUUGUGGAAAUUCUAGGGUUUGUAUCACUGGCUUGGUGGAGGAUUUUUAAGGGUUUCUUCUAUUUGUGUGUGGAUCGGAUGCAGUUUUAGUCUAGAAGGGAAAAAGAAAGAGGAGAUAUUGGAGCGAAAUUAAGCAAAUAGAAUGAAAAAAGUGUAGAUGUGGAUCCAAUGGGUUUGAUUCCCCCGACCUUCCAAUGAUUCCCGAAUAAAAAGAUGAAGAAAAAAAGUAAACAAGGAAGCAUAUGGUUGUCAUCACGAUUGUAAGAGCUUUAUGUAGAAGCCAUCGUCAUUAGAGUUCUAAGUUUCCCCUGUAGAUGCACUGCAAAAUUUCAACUUUUGAGGUCCUGUGCCAUUUGAUUGACAAAAGGUUCCUCAAAGGACUCGUUUGGUUCGUAGAAAAAGAAGAAAAAAACGUGUGGUCAACGGAAAAAUAAAAAAUACCUCUUGUUUGGUUGGAGUUUUCAAAAGAGAGAGAUGGAAAAGUAGCAAUCUUAUGAAGAUAAGAUUCUCAUAUUUUAUGGAAAAGAAAAUUUUAUGAGGGAUAUGGAAAAGCUACUUUUCCACCAGUUGAAAAUUAGUCUUUUUUUCUUCUUCAAAAGUAUCCUUAAACCAUCAAAAUUCAUGGGCAAGGUUUUUUCCUUUAUUAACGGUAUAAUAGGUAUUUCAUAUAAUUUUCAUUGAAAAGUAGAUGCUCAAUCAAACAUAAGCCACUUUAAAAAUUGCCACUUUUCUAUGAUCAACCAAACAUGCCAAAAUCCAUUUUUCAAGCAUCAUAUUCCCACGAUUCAUCUUCCCAAAAAAAAUGUUCUAGUGAGGAAAAUUUCUUCUCACGAACCAAACGAGUCCAAAGUGUUUGAUUAUUGGGCGACAUAAUUGGUUUGCGUUGCAAAGUUGGCCAGAUUUGCCUAUUUCUUAUGUUUUUCGGCCUGAAUUUUCCUUGCAGGCAGAGCACGAGCUCCAUAUGUUUGUAUUUGUCUAUGUCUUAUCACACAUCGUGGAAUGUCUUUAACAGCUUAAUUUAUUUUAUGGGUAGGUCAAUGAAUGUUGAUGGUAUUGCCAUUUCGGAUAAGGUUCAGAGUCACCAGUCACUCUAAGGAAUCCCUUGUGUUUGAGGGAGAGGACAAACUCUGUAUGGAUAACACACUUGUGCCCAUCAAAUUUUUUUUCUGGUCGUACAUGGAUGCUUGUUUUGCUUGAAAUUUCAUACUUGAUUGAUGGGUCUUCCUCCUUAACUGCUCCAUGUACAAUUUUAAGGUACAAACAGGUUCACUCAUAAUUCGUUCAUGACACAUUAUGAAAUAUUCUUUAAAAUCCACAUAAGAGUUUCAUGAAAGGUCAAGGAAUAAUAAAGUCUAUCUUUUCGUACCUUUAUGGUGAGCCCUUGCAUUUGGGCUCAAGCAAGGUGGACCUGUGCUUGUUUGAAGGUUGUGCGUACCCACCAAGUUCUUGUCAAACCCUAUAUUGGUUGCGCAAUGUCUCUGAAUUAUCAUAAAGGAUUCGUGAAUUGUUCCUUUCCAACUGUCCUAUUUACAGUUUUAGUAGACCUGCAUGUAUACCAAAUAUGCUAACUUGUUAUAGCUAUCAAUUACAGAAUUUCCUUUAGCACCCUGCAAGGCCUAAAAAAUGAUGAUUCUUGCUAUUUCAGACAAGGCAGAAUUGCUAUUCAUUUUCAGUGUUCUGAUAUUAGGACAUGGAGUAGCCAAAAUAUAGUCAAAUAGGUCAUUUGCAGCCACUAAUGACUGUCUGCCUUUGGUAAUAAGAAGGAUGCUGAUCUUAUUCGAAACAGCAUGAAAGGUAAGGUUUAGAGUUGCUAUUUAUUUUUUUUGUGAUCCUUUGCAUUUGGGCUUGGGUGAGGAGAAGCUAUAAAUGGUUAAAAGCAGGUAUGGAGUGUGUUGAUGAGCGGAGGAUAUCAUGUUGCAGUGCCUAGAAGGAUUUAAGCACUUCUUUGCUGUUCUGUUAAAGUGCUGCGAUCUUGACCUGUAUAAGCAGUCAAAGGGCCUCGAAGAUCCUGAACUUUUGGCCAGGGAAACAGUUUUUAGUGUAAGUGAAAUUGAAGCAUUGUAUGAGCUGUUUAAAAAGAUCAGCAGUGCUGUGAUUGAUGACGGGUUGAUAAACAAGGAAGAGUUUCAAUUGGCUUUGUUCAAAACAAACAAAAAGGAGAGCUUGUUUGCUGAUCGGGUAUUUGACUUGUUUGAUACAAAACACAAUGGAAUUCUAGGAUUUGAAGAGUUUGCACGUGCUCUUUCUGUAUUUCAUCCAAAUGCCCCAAUUGACGAUAAGAUAGAGUUUUCUUUCCAACUGUAUGAUCUCAAGCAGCAAGGGUUUAUUGAAAGACAAGAGGUGAAGCAAAUGGUAGUCGCUACACUGGCUGAAUCGGGCAUGAAUCUUUCGGAUGAAGUCAUAGAAAGUAUUAUUGACAAGACAUUUGAGGAAGCUGAUACAAAACAUGAUGGAAGAAUCGAUAAGGAAGAGUGGCGUAGCCUUGUCUUGAGACAUCCUUCUUUGCUAAAGAAUAUGACCCUCCAAUAUCUCAAGGACAUCACCACCCCCUUCCCAAGUUUUGUCUUCCACUCUCAAGUUGAUGACAACCUGAGUUUCUGAUCUAGUGCAAGUUUAGGGGAUCAGCAGCAAUAUUCAUAAUGGUUUGUUAACCUCUGUUUGGAUUAUAGGAGCACCAUAAUUUCACCAUGCUGAGGAGAAUACUGCUGGAAAUUCUUAGUUGCCAAGAAAAGUAUUGACUCUAUUUUGUCUGUUUUCGUUUGUGGAAAAUGUUACUUAAGUAUCCAUGCAGUGUGAUCUAUAAUUGUUUCAGUUUCUGAAGGGCUUGUAUCAUAUGGGAAAGUUUGCAUUAAUUUGGUUGUAUUCUUAGCAAACUUGCACCCCAUCUGUGCUGGGAACAUUAUCUAUUUUUUCCAAAGAAAAAUAUAAACAGGUAGGCUCCUUUGAAAGCUAA